CCCACAGCGUAAGUCAAUUGGAGACUCUAAAUUUCCCGUGGGUGUGAAUUUGAGCGUGAGUGGUUGUCUGUCUCUAAAUGCGCCCUGAGAUGGACUGGUGACCUCUCCAUGGUGAACCCUGCAUUCGCCCAAUGUCAGCGAAGCACCCCUGAAUAGGAGAAGCGGUUUGGAUAGUGGAAUGUAAACUCUUUGUUGGGUUGAAUUGAUGAAGAGGCUUCUUGGGACAAUCUUGUCUAUUUUCAGUUUGUUUACUGUUUGAUUCAUGAUGGCUGUUUUCAUAUUGAGAUGAAACAGAUAAUGAUUUGCCAAAAUUGCUCGGAGAAUUUGGUAAGGAAUCUGAUGCAAAAGAGAAUUUGUAGUUGGUCAGUGUUGAAUAAAAAUGAUAGAUCACCAACUAUUCACACACGUGUGUUUCUUGGAAAACUUUGUCUGUCCAAUGAGGUGUUAUUACCUCUAUUAAAAUCAUAAAUUAUGAUUUGCAGUUAUUUAGGAGAGAGGUAAAAGUAUGGAAUAUUGGUAUCAAAUAUUGUAGCAUUCAUACUUUCAGAAAUGUUUCCUUCUGGGGCUGUGAAUCAAAUAAGAGUUUAUUGGUGCAGACAAAUAGCAGAUUAUAAUCUGCAAUUAUGAUUAAAUGCUUUAUUUUAGCUUUUAAUGUGGAUGGUGAAGAUAUUUAUCUACAGUGAUGAGAUGAGGAAUACAGAUCAAAUAUAGUGUGUGGAUGUAAAUGCCUAGAGUAUAAACGGUAUGAAUGCGUAUGUGUGUUUAGUCAUGUAAAAUAGAUUAAUGAAAUGGAGAAAGGGAAAUGUAUAGAGGUGAGAUAUAUGUGGUUACGAGCAUGUAGUAUAAUGGAUGGAGAAGAGAGGAAGAAAAUGUGUUUGGGAGUUAUAAAUUGUGUUAGAGAUAUGAAAUUGUAUGCCUAUUGUUCGAUAUGGUAACGUCUGAUUCUGCAUACUGUUGAGGAAAUCACUCAAUACUUUUCAAUACUUUUAAGGUGUUAGCCGUAGUAGAGUGUAAUAUAAUUUACAAAGACACGGUGCUUUCGAACACACAGAGUGGGUCUGAGUGGCUACAAAGAGAACAAUGCAGCAGAGCAGCUAAUAUACAGUGUGAACACAAAAGCACAGAAGGAACUGAAUUGUGAUGGUAACACGAGUUUCAGGCUGGUCUGUAAUGAAACGAUGAAACCAAUAUUAUAGACCGAGAGUAACAAAGUCGACCUGAUGAGAUCAGAGGGGAUUGGAUUGCAUGUGUGAAAUCACAAAAGCAGAGAAUGUUGCUCUUUAUUUCCUAAAUGUGCCUUUUCUUUCUUCAUCAGAUGUACAGAUUCCUGGUUAGGGAAUAUAUAUAUAGUUCUUCUGGAAGUUUUGCUUUGCUGAGGUUUUGAUCAGUGAGCUGUUCCUGGCUGAAAUUGGGACUGUCCUUCAAGGGCUGGAGCUCUUUGUGUAAAAACCUCAAUAAAUUGUAAUUCUGGAAUCAAGAAUGGAACGUUUUAAGUCUGGGGAAGGUUUUUUAUUGGGGCAAAGCGCUUGUCUGUCAUUGAGUUACAGCUCUUUGCCUGUGGUAGCUUGAGGUUAGUUGAAUAUAGUGUUUUAAAUAGAUACUUGUAUCAUAUUGAGUGUUCUCAGAUAUCAAACGAAAUGGAAACAGAGGGCCUCCCUUUUUGUCACUGUCUUCCUCUUUCCUUAUAUAAACCCUCUCAAUAUAUCUUUAAGAUUGUGCAUCUACAUCAUAUACUUUUACAACGGCUGAUGUCCUGAUGCCUGUUAGAGCUUGCAAUUUGUUUUUGAACAAUACUCUCUGAAUUAACUUUUGUUUCUCAUUGCUCUGUUGAUGCAUUUCUGUGGGUGUGACCUAAAAUAAUCCCCAGCUGUCUGAGAUCAGUUUAAUGAGUGAAUGGUUGAUUGAACACAGCCUAUAGAAACAUGUUCAAAGACCCUGAGGAAAGCCAGUGUCUGGUCAGUGCGUGCGUGCAGACAGACUGACUUACUUUAAUCUAUGGACAAAAAAAGACAAAUGUAUUUUCUCAAACUAGGAUUGAAAUGUAAGCAUCACAGAGGAAUCCAUAACCUUUAACAUCCACCUUUCAGUAGCUACAUUUUGCUAGCCUACUAGCUCUGAGCUGAGGAAGGCAACCAGAGGUUAUUAUAACCUGACCCUUAAUGCAAAUAGCUGCCAAAUGGACCAGUCUGGAGUUCAACUAAGCAGAAUCCGUUUUUGUUAUUUUUAAAGGCUGGGGAAACAGCAAGGCCAUUACAAACAGUGAUGCUUUGCAGAUUGCCUUGAUAGAGAUGAUGUCAUUAUUCUUCCAGUUCUUUCUAACUUGACUAGGCUCGUCUGUAGCACAUUCCUGUGUUCGGCUGCAUUCUCUCUGCUGCACGUGUUGUCAAAUUUGAAGUUUUUAGAUGUUUUCUUUAUUUUUUGCACAUGUUCUCUCAAACUGCACUGGAAUUCACCAAAUCCCAGCACCUGACGGUGUCUGAGCAGCUUUACACCAUCGUUUUGGAUAAGCUCAGUUUGCCUUGAAUGCACAGAAGUAUCCACUCCGCAAAACACCUCCUUUUAGAUGUGUCGGUCUUUUUUAUUUUUGCCAGCUUAGUGUGAACAUCGUCUCAGAUGUCAUAACAUUCACAGCAAAACACAUGUCCCCGACUAUACGCUUGAAAUGGAGUUCACUACAUAAGAUCUAUGUAUACGAUAGUAGGAGAAAAACUGUUCCGUCUGCUAGUUGUUUCAAUGUUAUGUCUCUAAUCUCAUCUUUACUCUGCACUGCAUCUGUUUUCUCCCAUAAGUCUUCACUCAGACCCCCAGUGUGUAAAGCCCAACGGAUUGCUUAAGUGUAAUAAACUGUAGUAAUUCGAGCAUCCACGGUUUCAUUCCUUAUCUCAAACCCUUUCAUCUACCGCAUGGGGGAUAGAUGAGGGAAAAUCAGUAGCGCUCUUCUUGAAGGAAAACAUCCAAACUGGCCUAAAGCAAGGCCGUAGCUUGGUAGAGUCAGUGCAUCCAAUCUGUUGUUCUUUAGUGCUUCAGAUUGUGUGAUGUACUUUAUUAAAUUGUAGCCUUUCCUGUUGUUCUGUUUUAGGGGUUUUAUAAGUAGAACUAUUUAUUUGCACUUUUUAAAGAUAAAUUGUAGCUAAUUAAACUAAAUGUGUCUAUCUACAGAGAAAAUGUCAAAUAAAGCAAAUACAUUAACUGAUGGUGUCAAGAAAAAGUGAAUGAUUCAUUACAAGGUUACUGUAUUGGCUCAUUGUGCAUUGGAUUGUACAUGUGUUCCUCACAUUAGAUUUUCAAAUGAAAGCAACAAGUAUCAUCACUGCCACAUAUUCUCAUGAUUCAUUGGUCCUAUUUUUAGCCAAAUACAAGAAUUGUACACUUUAAGAUCCAUUCCUGCCGCUGAGCCCUAAAUAAUAAUAAUAAGGGAGUCUGGAAUAAAAAUAUCUACAUCUUAAUCGUGUGACCCAGAGCAAAUGAUCGCUCUGGGUCAGAGGUCACAACAAGAUCACAGGGCUCUGUCUUCAAAUUGGAAAAAGGCUCUAAGGCCCAAACUCGAAGUAAGAUCUCUCAAAUUUCUGGUAAUGGACGUGGACAGCGAAAUUACAACUGUGUGAUAAUGAUAUCAUACUCCAUCUCUGUCAUUUUUGUUGACAUUUUUGUUUAUAGACUCUCAUGUUUGUCCCAGUUGGAUAUUACCCAGAUUGUGAUGGCGAUUGAAUGGUUGGUUGAUCCUGGCUGCUUUAUUCCCAGACUCUUAUCGGGGAGAACUUGUGAGUCUUCUGCUUUUUUCCAUAAAUAGUUAUACCAUGUAACAACCACUAAAUCCAACAAAUCGUAAUUCUAACAUUCUGGUUUUUGAUUUGAAUAGAUAUAUUCAAAGUUGCUGGCUAGUAUUUAUGCUGAGCUAAAUAUCGUUUAACAUUCAUAAUCUUGCAUUUAACUACAUUCCUGCUAGAUUCUCUUUGCAACUGGUUUACAGGCCUGCGAUCCACAUCUGCACAUGUCUAUCUGAAUAAUUCACACAGUUACUGUGUAAAGGUCAGCUUCUACAUAAAACAUGUAGAGAAGAGAUAAAAACAUCUGCUGAUGGAAUCCAGCUUUUUUUAAAAAUGUUCCAGACUAUUUGGGGAUCUGUUGUCAAUGUUUUUUAAUGACUUCAUUACUCAAUUUGCGCCACUCUUUUUCCAGUAAAAGUCUUGCAACAUGUAUUUGUGUGAGAAACAUUAUUGUUGUACAGCUUUCUUCACUGACUUGAUAGAAAUUAUAGCUUUCAGGCUUUAGUUGGUAUCUCACGAGGAACACAUCAGAUAAUAUAAUGUAAAGGCUAUCGAUUUUGUUUCUAUUUGUAUUUUGAGCACUGUUAUCUAUGCCCAUAUGUACUCGAUACAAAAAAAGAAGAAGUCCCAUGUUUUGGUGUAUUGACUAGUCUUUCAUUGACCCUUUUCUAAAGCCAGUGGGGACACCUCCACCUCUCCAUCACACAUAAAAUAGAAGAGAUUAAAACCAAACGUGAGACAAAUGCCCCUUUCCACCACGGUGCACCACUUACUUUCUCCAGUUUGAUGCUUUACAGCUUUUCUCUGUGGCUCAUUCUGCUGCCUAAAAUACUGUGUGCUGUCCUCCCCAGAGCCAUUCCCCUUUUGUUUUCCGGGGAGGGGUGAAUUGAGCAAAAGGAAGCCUGACUGGAGCGAGAGAGAUGAGUAUCUAAACUACGGGGGAAGGGAGAAGAGAUGAUCGGGGGUUCCUGCUCACAGCCGGCUGCAGUACUUAUAGGACUUAAUUUUCAUUAGCUGGGACUUGGUGUAUGCAGAGCGAUGUUUCCCCUCUUCUUCCUGUGACUCUUCUUUGUGGUAUUCAUCUUACAAGUGCAGUAAGAUGGUUUGCACAGACAAAUUUAUCAAAUGAGAGUCAACUUGGGCUUCUGUGAUGGUUGAAGAAAGAAAUGAAAUUCUUCAAACUGGUAUUGUCUUUCCAUCUCUGAGUCAUCUGAAAUCAAUGACCCCACACCAGCUGAACACCAUGAAUGCCUCAGUCCUGCCAUUUACCAACAACACCCCAAUCUGCUACUCCAUAAACAGCCCCCCAUUCAAGUACCACCCUACCAUCGCCUCGGCAUACUACUCAUCCAUCUUCACCACUCUGGGAAUUAUCUCCAAUCUCAUCGCCUUCGUAGUUCUCCUCAAGUCCUUCCGGCGGACACAUAACCGCUCCCGCUCGUUCCUGAUCUUCCUGGGUGGCCUGGUGAUCACCGACUCCAUGGGUCUUCUGAUCACCGGCUCCAUAGUGAUCUCCUUCCAUGUUACAUACUUUAAUUGGCGACAGUUAGAUCCAAACUGCCACUUCUGCAACUUUAUGGGCAUGUCCAUGGUCUUCUAUGGACUGUGUCCACUGUUGCUUGGUGCCGCCAUGGCCAUGGAGCGCUACAUUGGCAUCAACCGUCCAUUUGCACGCUCCGCCAGCAUGCCCAAGAGACGGACAAUCUCCAUGGUACUGAUGGUUUGGUUGAUUGCUGGCUGCAUAGCUUUGCUGCCCCUAACAGGUGUUGGAAGCUACCACAUGCAGAUGCCUGGCUCCUGGUGUUUUUUCAACAUCAGCUCUGAGGGGAGUAACCUGGCCUUCUCCCUGCUCUUCUCGCUGGUCGGGUUGAUGUGCAUUGCUGUGUCAUUUUUGCUGAACACGGUGAGCGUUGUGACCCUGAUCAAGGUGUGCUGUGGACAGGAUCGAAACCAGCGUCGCCGAGACCACGAAGUAGAGAUGAUGGUCCAACUCAUUCUCAUCAUGGUCAUUGCUUCUAUCUGCUGGUGCCCCCUUCUGGUCUUUAUUGCACAAACUGUGCUGUCCGGUGGACCCCUUAGGAUCAAAUACCUACUGCUAUGGCUACGAUUCGCCACCUGGAAUCAGAUCCUGGAUCCGUGGGUUUACAUCCUGUUUCGAAGGGCAAUACUCAAGAGAAUCUACCCCCGCUUCGACUGGUCUCGCGGCUCCAUUGUGACCAUGUACCCGUCUUUCAGAGACACUGUCCGGAGGUUCACUCGCUCUUCACUUGGGAGCACCCUGGGAUCAGAUAAAACAGGAGAGGCUCAGGAAUCAAAUGUGACACCCAAAUCGACAUUGAAGCCCCCACCUCCUUCUCCGUGAUUGUUUGGAUUUGAGUUGUUGCAGCAGACAGUGUAGCAGAAUGUGUUUGACUGUUAGCGUGAAAGCUCAUUGGGAGAUUUGAACUGUGGCCAGGAUAAGAAGCAGGAUUGCACGAAUGAUCUGAAAGAAUGGAAUCUUGUUAUUUCAUUGCAUAUCCCUGAAAUGUUCAACAGUAUUAGCAAUGUCACUUUAGAGUACUCUAGAGCAAAGUAUAAAUAGUUUUAUUGAGAUCAUCCACUGCUUCUCAAACUGUCUAAACUGUUCUUUACACUCCUUAUGCUACUGUGGGAUUUAAGAAUCAUUACCAGUUAUACUUGUAUACCCUUUUUACUGUGAGUCUUUGUUGCCGACAACUUUAACCGCCAUUUAUUUGCAUUCAUUUAGCUAUGAAAAGUUAUUUUAUCAUUAUUUUUUAUUUAUUUUCAUUUAUUUUUAUCGUCGCCAGGAGAAUCAUGCGAUCGCGCACGUGUGACUGUGAGUGAGUGUGCACCUCUGUGUCUGUCCACAGCUAAUCUCGCAUUCUACUGCGGCACUCUGCAACUAUUUUGGGUGGCCAGUUGUGGCUACAUGCUCAAGGACCUGUCGUGGUUGUGGUGACUUACAUUUUUUUAAAAGACCUUUUAUUGCCUGUUUUACACUGCUUGCUGACUUCUCACUCACUACGGGUGCAGCAGUGAUAACACAGUUGAGUGCGUCACCCCCCAUCUGCUUCUCUGUGCUCAGAGACGUAAUGGGAGAAACCAUUUUGCUCACUUUUAGUGUUUUGCAUGGUUGGCUUGGCUAAAAGCUAACGGAGCCAACACUGCUGCUUACCUCUCAGUCGCUGCGCUGCCGCCAGGGACACAGUGGGACAAACAAUUGGCUCACUUUUAUUGUUUUGUACGGUGUGUUUGGCUAACCAUUAACAGCUAACCGAAGCUGUUGUACCUCGUCGCAACUCAGACACUGCUAAGCAAAAUUAUGCUUUUGGCAAGAUUGUAUGAGGUGUAUUAUAUGAAAACCUUGAGCCGAUUGCUGGUUCUAGUGCAACUUUCCAGUUCAUUUAUUUCUUCUUUUCCUUAUUUCUUUUUUGUCUUUUGUUGUCUUUAAGUUGGAAAAAAGAAUGUUAGAAGAACAGUGGCCAAUUGGACACUUACUUCUUCUAGAUCAAACUUCAAAUCUCUUGAUAAAAUACAGUCUCUGUAACCACCAAAGUCACAUACGUCAUGUAAAACCUUCUACAUGAAGGUUGGAGGAACUGCUCCAUGUUAACUUCAGCUUUACAGCUUUACAUUGGAUGGGGGCAUUUGGUUGAUUGUGAUACUAUAUGCUGUUCAGAUAUAAUGCCCUUUCUCCUUACACUUACCAUGUAUUUUCUAUGUGUUAAAUGCUUUUAUGAUGAAUUGUAAUCAAACCAACUUUUCCAUCCCUGCAUUUAUUCCCUGCAGUAUUUACAGUCACUGAAAAUGCAAAGUUGAUGUUUUAAAUAUGUUCUACUGUCAACUUAAAAAAUGCAAACUAAAUAUAAUACCUGUCGUAUGACAGGUAUUAUAUUUAGUACAUAAUACAUAAUCAAACAUACAUAAAUAGUUAGAACAUCUCUAUCUGCUAAAUAAAAACUACUUGAAAGUUGCUAUUAAGUAUUUCUAAUAUAAAUAUCUGAGAAUGCAAUUGUAAAAUGAAGAUUUAAGUUGCUUUUACAGUGUUGUAUAAAUGAAUAAUAUGACUUAAGUAAUGUUAUCACUAUACUGAUUGAGAAGGUUUUGACUGUGUAAGUAAGGGUAAGUGGGAAAUACAUAUGUUUAAAUAUGGGUCUACUGACCCUUUAAAAACAGGCUAACUCAAUUAUCUUCCUUUUUUUGCAUAUUAAAAAUAGUAUGUGUUCCUAUCUCGGGUUUAUAUUUUGACCUAAUAAAUAAUAAAUUUUCACGGCACAAUUGAAGUACAAAUCUGCUUUAUUUAACUUACUGAGAGUAAUGCAGCUAGUAAAACAGUUAUUUAUGCAUCUCUUAGAGAUGUUUAACUAAAACGUCAAGUUGUUUUCAGCUGUGAAGGAGUUUAUGAUAACAUUGGACAGGGAGAGGGAGUUGAUUUAGUGAAGAUAAUCCAAAUUCAGCCCGUGUAUAUAGGAGGUGUAAUGAGAAACAUUGUAGCAAUAAUACAUUAUAAUAUUAUAAUUAAACUUGCAGCUUGUCUUGCUACCCAGCUAUUCAUGUUGAACUGUUUUAAACAUUAUAUUAUCACUCAUAUCAGUCACUCAAUUACCAGAUAAAUCACUGAAGCGAUCACCAAUGAGAUGCAUCUCGCUUUAACUCCGUAGCAGUAUCAUCGAAUAAAUAUGAAGUGUAAAUAUUGAAUGUGCUUGACAGAAAUGUGAUUUUACAUAUAAAUUAUUAAAAUCAUAACUCUUUUUCAUGGGCUUUUCUGUUAAACACAAACUUGACAACUACUGUAUGACACUUUAAAUGUGAAAUGUGCCAUACAUUUUUCAGGUCUUCAUUGAGAGGUGCAACCAUACAAAGUUUUCAAUCAUUAGACAAAUACUGAUGUAGCUGAAACAGUGUAGCCAGGGUGAGUGAAGUUGAGUCAAACUGUAUUUCAGGGUUUACUUGCUUACAUUUAUUCAAAUAAUAACUUUAUAACUUGUUCACAAUGUUUUUUGAGCCAGAAAAAAUGUUUUUAACUGUGAAACACCAACAUGUAGGUUGAUGCUUCCUUCUUUCCACAGUAAAUACUCCCCAAUGCAGAGACAGAGAGAGAGAGAGAAGCACAUUGAAACUAAGUGAUCUUGAAGUAUAAAGACUGAAACAAGUAUAUUUACAUCCUCUACUCAAAACAAACCGGAAAGGUUCCUUGUGAA